AUGAAUACGCCAGAAAGGAAAGACGAUGACAAGAGCCGAGAUUACGUCGACAAAUUUUUGAAAGAAUGGAGAAGUGCUCGGCAAGAGAAAACUUUUGUAAAGUCGCAAGCAUACGCUGUUAGUAAUCUAUUCAAUCACAUCACCGAGGCCAUAUCCGAGGCCUCCAAAAACAGCGCUUCUGCCAAAGCUGCGACGCUCGAUACCGUAAGGAAAUUUCUGGAUUCCGAGAAAGAUGAGAUUGACGACUGUAUUCUGUGGCUCCUUUUAUAUACUGCUGCCAGUGAUGACUACAGUAAACCUGAUCUCGCUGAAUCAGAUUUUAUCAUCAUGAUGGCUCAAAAACAUCCGAAUCUCUCUUUCGAAACUCCCGAUGGAAACUUUAGCCGACCUCAGUUCAAAUCUAUCAAAGACAGAUGCAAUCUAAGUAACGGGCACUCUAAAAUAAAGAAGAGCAGACAAACACCCUUUCAUCACGCGGCCCAGGAGUGCAACGCCGCCGUGAUAAAGAUUAUGAGAAUUGCGCUACUUGACAGCGAGUGUGACCGAGCCCUCGCGUACAAAAUUGUCAAGGAGAAGGAUUCAAGAGCAAACAAGACGGCUUUGCAACAUGCAAUUGACUCUGGCCAGAAAGGUAUUGAUACUCUACGAGAGAUUCUUGACUUCCCUUGUAUGACAAACUUCGCCCUCCUUAACGAGGCGUUUGAAAGCGCCGUGCGAAAUGGACAAGAAGAGGCUGUGAACGUUUUACUCAGAAAAGAAGACUUGACCCAGCAACUCAUGGUUGGAAACCACAUUCUAGUAGCAAUGGACCACUGCAGGAAGUCAGAUGGAAAUCAGUCUUAUAUGGCGAUAAUCAAGAAACUAGUUCAACUGAUGAAAAUCUCCGAGACAACGAAUGGCGAGGUUAUUGACUCAAUCAUCGAACUACAAUCAAUCAAACAGGAUCAGAGGCAAGUGCAGGCAUUGGAAGCCGAUGAGGAUUGGAUGAGCAUUUGGAAAGCGGUUCCAGCAGACGUAAUUCAAGAGACAUUCUCUUUAAUUCAUCUGGCGGUGUAUCAUCGAAGCGUCUCAUUUAUCACUGAAUUUCUCAAAGACGAGAAAUAUUCGAAGUGGGCAAUAACUGAACAGGCGCUACCAAAGAGCACAAAGCGGAACGGCGAUGCUGUUAACGACAAGCAUUAUCCGCUCUGGUAUAUUGGUAAAGAGUGGAAUGGCUCUGCUUUGGGCGAUCGAGAACCCGAUGAAAUAUCGAAGAGAAUACGCGCAAUAUUAGUAUCUUGGAUAGUCCGACAGACUAGGGAGAUGAAGACGCUGUCGAAGAUUUUCCAUGAAUCUGGGCUCGAUACCAUAUUCUGGAAUCCAGCUCAAACGCAAACUCUUGUCAACUUAAACGAAAUAGCUCACAUGGUGUCUCCUGUGUUGUCGGAGUUCCUCAAAGACCUUGAGCGCCAUAUUUCAAAUAUAGAUCCAAAAGUGAUAAAGAACUUUCAACCGACAAAGGUGGCCAUUAUCGAUAAUGGUGUGCUGAGUAUUACUCAUACGUCAGCCGCGCAAGAGACGAGCACUACACCAUUGAAUGGCGGCCAAACAGGGCAAAAUAUGGCGAGCAAAAGCCUUUCCAGUCGUAUCAAAGGGGGUCGUUCAUUUGUGGAUGAUGGCUCAAAGCUUAGUUCAUGGCUCUUCGCUUCCGAUCCUCAUGGUACUCAGAUGGCAAACCUCAUCUGCUCUAUGGAUCCAUUUUGUGAUCUCUAUGUGGCCAGAGUAGCAGAACGUACACAUGGAAUCACAUCCGCAAGGGCAGCCAGGGCACUCAAAUGGGCUCUCGAUCAAGAUGUUGAUAUAAUCUCAAUGAGUAUAUCUAUGCUUGAGAAGGAUGAAGAUCUUAAAAACCAAGUCCUGCAAGCUAAGAAAAACAAAGUUGUUAUCGUCUGCAGUACCCAUGAUGAGGGAUCCAGUAUCACGACAUCCUAUCCAGCCGAAUGGAUGGGAGAUGAAGUUAUUGUUGUUACAGCCUGCGACGAGUACGGAAGGACUCUUCGUGAGACUAACGAAAACAAAUUUGAUUUCAUGCUACGAGGAAAGAAUGUCGCAGCUGGCGUUAUCCCAUUUAUUGCUUCUAGUGAGCGCAUUUCGGGCAGUUCUGUUUCGACGGCGCUUACAGCUGGUCUGAGUUCUUUAAUUCUUACUUGCCAUAAGCUAGCAGUCUUAGGCAAAACUUCAAAUAACGAAGACCACAGAAACAAGACACCUGCUGACAAAGUCAGAGACCAUAUCAACAAUAAUAUGAUAUCCAAAACCCCCGGAUCUAGGGAAAUACUACUUGAAAAGUUUAGCGGUACCAAUGCUCUCACCCCAGAAGGAUCAAUGGAAAAUAUCUUAGUGAAUUCAUUUAGCAUGAAGGAUUGA